AUUCGUUAUUCAAGUUUUGAUUUACUUUAUUUUCUUAUUAUUUACUUUAUUCGUUCAUUUUCAACGGAAUGAUAUCGCGUGAAUUCUCACGUACUAACUUAUCAUCGCGUAUAUUUGAUACGAGACCAGUUUAUCCGCGACAAUAUGGCCGUUCGGACGCAAAGAUUAUUCGCUAUAUUGAGCGAUCGAAUUUCUCCAAUAAAUUUAGCCAAAAAAUUAUCUACUUCGUCAUGUACGAGAAGUCAAUCCUCGUCAUUCCGAUGGGACGACGCGCUGAACUUGGAGGGCCAAUUGACCCAGGACGAAAUCCUCGUGCGCGAUCAAUUCCGUUCGUAUUGUCGGGAGAAAUUAAUGCCGAGGAUAUUGCAAGCGAACAGACACGAAAAUUUCGACAAGGAGAUCAUGAAAGAAAUGGGAGAAAUCGGCGCUCUCGGUUGCACGAUAAAAGGGUACGGAUGCGCGGGUGUCUCGAACGUAGCUUAUGGUCUGAUAGCGAAAGAAAUCGAAAACGUGGACAGCAGCUACCGAUCGGCACUCUCCGUUCAAUCGUCCCUCGUCAUGGGAGCCAUCGAGAUGUUCGGCAGCGAGGAACAGAAGGAAAAAUAUCUACCUCAGUUAGCUACCGGUAAAUUGAUCGGGUGCUUCGGACUCACCGAACCGAAUCACGGCAGCGAUCCGUCCUCGAUGGAGAGCCGAGCGAAAUACGACGAGACUAAAAAGGUCUACAAAUUGUCCGGCAGCAAAACAUGGAUAACGAACUCUCCGGUCGCGGACGUCAUGAUAAUUUGGGCGAAGUGCGACGACGAUAAAAUACGCGGUUUCAUCGUCGAACGUUCCAACGACCUUGGAAUAACCACCCCGAAAAUCGAGGGAAAAUUUUCCCUCCGAGCUUCCGUGACCGGAAUGAUUUUGAUGGACGACGCCGUAGUGCCGGCCGAAAAUCUGCUCCCCAAAGUUGCCGGGCUGAAGGGGCCAUUCAGUUGUCUGAACAACGCCAGAUACGGGAUAGCCUGGGGUGCUUUGGGUGCGGCGGAAUCUUGCCUGAACUUGGUGAGGACCUACACGAUGGACAGAAAACAAUUCGGUAAGCCCUUGGCGGCGAAUCAGAUCGUCCAAAAAAAAAUGGCGGACAUGAUGACCGAGAUAUCAAUCGGACUGCAAGCCUGCCUGAGAGUCGGUAGAUUGAAGGACGAGCAGCGGGCAACCCCGGAGAUGAUAUCCAUGGUGAAGAGGAACUCGGCCGGGAAAGCUCUGGACAUCGCGAGGACGGCCAGAGACAUGUUGGGAGGGAAUGGAAUAUCCGACGAGUACCACGUCAUCAGACACGUGAUGAAUUUGGAGGCGGUCAACACGUACGAAGGCUCUCACGACAUCCACGCUCUGAUACUCGGCAAAGCGAUAACCGGAAUACCAGCGUUCGCUUGAAGGUGUAUCUGAUAAUUACCGAGCAAAUUAUCAUUUAAGAAUACAAUUGUUAUAUCGUCUCAAGCAUUGUUAUGUACUCACGAUGUCUGCACUUCAAUUAUAAAAGACAAAAGAAGUAAAAAUAAAGAAAAUGGCCGACCGA